AUGAAGCGAUUGAAAUCGCCCGAGAAACUGGCUCAGGAGAAAUCUGGGCUUGUCUAUAUUAUGUGCGCGUUGGCCGCACCUUUCUACUACGCCGAGAAGCUCUACCCUAGCAAUGAUGGACUCAAGAGUAAUGUGCAGUACUUUGAUGCAGGCAGAGGCUGGGCUGAGGCUGCGAGACACUGUCUCUUUACGGGAUUUGGAGACAUGGGAAUUGAGAGCAUAAUGACUGAAGUCUUGCUCCACGAGUACUACCUUCGGGUGGGAGAGUAUGCCAAGGGAUUCAUGGUAUCGGGACAGAUUACUCGACAUCUUCAGGUUGUCCAGCUUAAUAUGGAGCGGGACUCGGACGUAUUGUGUCAAAGAAGCCCAGCAUCCUGUCAUGUCAAAGAGAGUCGGAGAAGGCUUGCAUGGGCAUGUUAUCUACUGGAUUCAUUGAUUGAAUGUGGAAUCGAUCAACUCCGCCUGAUCCCAUACCACGACAUCCAGGUUCAACUUCCUUGUUCAGAGGAGCUAUUCAUCACCAAUACGCCCUGCAUUACUGAGAUGCUGCCUCUAGGCAAACUGCUUCCAGGGAUUACCCCGACACCUGGUAUCAAUUUUGCGGCACAUCUCGACCUCCGGGCUUACUACCUGCGUGCUACCAGCAUUCGAUCCAAACUUCUCAAAUAUGUCAAGCACUUGGAAGGAGAAGUACCUUGGGCGGCAGACAACAAUUCACGGUUUGCCCAGCUCGAUCACGAACUAAGAGACCUCGAGGCCUCGAUCCCUGAGACCAUGAGAAUUUCAGCCGAAAAUAUGUACCUGUUCAAAGGCUCCGGCAGGCUGAAUCUGUACUUUGGCUUGCACAUCCUCAUAUCUCAAAACUUCCACGAUCUGUACCGUGUGGGUGUUUCCAACCUCGUCUUCCCCAACACCGCGACAAGUUGGAUUCGCGAAAACGCCCCAGAAGACUUCAUCAGGCGUUGUCACCUUGUAUGCGCCACCAAAUCCGCCUACAUUGCUUCCCUCCUGAGCGAUCUGUGGAACUGCCAUAAACCCAGCCUCAUCGACUGGCCAUACGCGAUGCACACACAAGUCUGCAACAGCGUCAUUGUCACGACUCUCAUCUCAUGGGGCCGCCCUGAACCUCUCAUCCCGCAAUUUUCCUACCUCGACUACCAAGCCAUGCUGCAAAAGAACGUAGUUAUUUUGCAGUACCUUCAGCGCUUCAUGAAGGUCAGCAUGUACUGCGAAUCAGCUGUCCAAGCCCUGAAAAGAUUCAACGCGCUAUUCGUCCCAGACUCACCAGAUUUCGUGAACUCGUCCACAAACGCCUUGCUAUCUGCUAAUCAAUGUAACACUUCCAAUCCAUCGUCACUUGAAUACAUCCUGAAUCCAUUGGGCACGUAUCCCAUGGCACGGAAACAGGCUCAGACGCAGGAUACGUCUACGCCGGAUGAGACAGAGGAUGAUACGCCGACGCCGCAACUGGCCAAAGUUGAGGCUCCAAUGAUUGCUCCCGCCAUGAACUUGGGUGGCUGCCCCAGUCCGGGUGGUAUCUUUUCUGGUCAUUUCUUAGAUUGGGAGGCGGAUAUGUCUAUUUUACCGGGGUUGGGUUAUCCCACAUUCCUCGAUCAGUUUCCUAUGGAAGCACCGAGGGACAUGAACAUGCCCUGA